GACAGAGAGCCAGUGGCAGUGGCAUGGAGUUGUCCUCUAGCACAAACGUCUCAACAACCCUGUGUCCCACGCUCACCACUAAUGUGUCCAGAGUCACCAGAGAACCCUACGUGAACCGCCUGGCCCACCUCGAUGAGGGACUCUACGAUGACUUCUACACCCUAUGGAUUGCACUGGUGGUCAUCAACACCCUUAUUUUCAUGGUGGGAAUUGUCCUCAACAGCCUUGCCCUUUAUAUCUUCUGUUUUCGCACCAAGCCCAAGACCACCUCUGUCAUCUACACCAUCAACCUGGCAAUCACUGACCUCCUGGUCAACCUGUCUUUACCCACACGCAUUAUCCUCUACUACAGUGGUGGGAAAUGUCUCAACUGUUCCUAUGUGCACAUCUUCAGUUACUUUGUCAAUAUGUACUGCAGCAUCCUCUUCCUCACGAGCAUCUGUGUGGACCGGUACCUGGCCAUAGUGCAGGUGGAGGCCUCGCGGAGAUGGCGCAGCCCUAACGUGGCCAAGGUGGCGUGUGUCUGCAUCUGGCUGUUUGCUGUGGUGGUCACAUACUCUUUCCUGACCUGCUGUCUGACGCGCCUCUUUGCCCUCACAGUGUUUGAGUUCUUCCUGCCGCUGGUGAUCAUUGUGGUGUUCACCGUGCGAAUCGUGUGCGCUCUGGCCAACCCCGGCCUGAUGCAGCAGAGUCGCGAGCGCAGGCGACGGGCGGUGCAGCUGCUGACGACCGUACUCGUCAUCUUCACCAUCUGUUUCACACCCUUCCACGUACGGCAGGUGUUGGUCUACUUUCACCCCGAAUUGCCACACCAUGUAGUAGCGUACCACAUCACCGUCACCCUCAGCAGCCUCAACAGCUGCCUGGACCCCGUGGUCUACUGCUUUGUGACCAACAACUUCCAGUCCACGAUGAGGGGGUUCUUCCGUAAGGCAGAGGCUGAGCAGAGCAGUGGGGACAUUGUCAGUAUGCAGAAGAGCUCCAAAGGUUCAGGCAUAGUGACUGGGAUUGCCCACAGCAUGAUGCUGAUGAACCUGGCUACACCUCAGCAAGAGCAGGUCCCGGCAUAGUUAAUUAUUGUUUAUCAGCGUAUAUACCUGUACAUUGGAGAAAGAAUCUGCUGUUGACAAUUACGUUUUGGACGUUUCAAGACACCUCGCUAUAUACAUGCAGUGAUUUGGGAGCUGUUUUAUAUGUGUUCUUUUGUGAGUUUUGAGAAGUGAAUGCAUGUGUCACCACCCAGUGGCUGUGACGAAUUCACCUAAUAUGUGCUGGCAGACGAUAGUUAGAGUAAAACAAGUAAUCAGUAAUCAGUUUCUCCAUGAUUCUCCUAGAAGAUGCUGAUAUGUGUUCUGUGUGUACUUUGUAUACUUUGAAAAUGCCUGGUAGGGAAAAGAUGUACUGUCCUGAUGUAGGAACAGACCCCAAACCCCAGUGGUGACUGGUGUCACACCCUUAGCUGAGACUUGUAUCUAGGCUGUAGGUUUUGAGUUUCCUCGAUUUUCGGAGGUGAAAAAUGUUGAGACACCUACCCUCUUCACAUCUGAUGCAUCUGUACACUGAAACAAGCUGAGUCAGAAGUCUUGGGGAGCUGAGUCAGAAGUCUUGGGGAGCUGAGGAGAGAGUAUGUCUUGCAAUGGCAAGCUGGCCCACAUUGGGAUGAAGAGACAUCAAAUAUAUAGCAAACAGAAACUAAACACUGGUUAAUUGACUCAAGCUAGUCAAAGCAUGUUGAGUAAA